AUGGAUUAUACUGUACGGAGAAACCUUUCUGGAUUACCUCACGACUAUUUACGCGUCUUCUCACCAGAUAAUAUCAGACUCACUCCUUAUUCUGUUCAACUCACAGUAGAAAUUGAUCAUGAUAUAUUGACUUCUGCUGCUUUUGGUACUCAACGCAACGAUAUAUUAUAUGGUACUUUUAGAGCAUCUAUGAAACCUCCUGUCGCUCCUGGAACUGUAUCUUCUUUUUAUUACUUUGAAAGUAAUAGUGCAGAAAUUGAUGUGGAAAUCCUUGGACGAUAUACUGACCCAAGACAAGCUUUUUUUGUUGUUCAUCCUCAAAUAUAUAAUCAAGAUGGUUCUGCUUCCAAUCUCACUCAUCAACGAAAAAAUCUACAAUCUGAUCCUACCUUAGAUUUCCAUGAAUAUCGAUUUGAUUGGUUACCUGGAUUAGUGGAUUAUUUUGUGGAUGGAAACUUAUCAGCAACAAUAAAUACCAAUGUUCCUUCGGUACCUGGUCGAAUCAUUGUGAAUCAUUGGAGUGAUGGAAAUCCAAAUUUUAGUGGUCUCCCAGAAGAAGGUCAAAAUAUCGUACUGGAUGUGGCCAAUUUGACAUUCUUUUUCAACUCUUCAAAUGAUAUCUUUGGACCUCCUUGUGAAUCUAGUAAAACUCCAUGCGAUGUAAAAGAUAUCAUGUCCCGAAAACUUUUACCAGGCUCAAGUGCGACAUCUCUUACUUCCUCCUCCUUACGUUCAUUAUUAUCAUUAUUAAUCAUACCUAUUGUAUUGGUUUCUUUUAUUAUGUCAUCGUAG